CGCUGCUCUCACGGCUCCCACCGCCGCCGCUGCUGUCACUGCUGCUGGUACCGCGGCGGCUGCUCCCUCUGCUUCCACUGCCUCUGCUUCCACUGCCGCUGCUGCCUCUGCUCCUGCUCCCGCUGCUGUCACUGCUGCUCUUGCUGCUAUUUCUACACCUCUACUGCUCCUACCGCUGCUGCUGCUAUAGCUGAUAGUCCUGCUCUCACUGCUGCAGCUGCUGCGUCCUUUGCUAUUGGUACCACGGCUGCCGCUGCUUCUACUGCUUCUUCUAUCGCUGCUACUGCUGUCACUGCUGCUCCUACUGCUGCUGCUCUCGCUGCGGCUAUCACUGUUGCUAUCACUGCUGCUGCUGCUGCUAUCACUGCUGCUAUCGCUACUGCUACUGCUGCUGCUAUCGCUGCUGCUACCGCUACUGCUCUCACUGCUGCUCUCACUGCUGCUUCUAUCGCUGCUGCUCCCACUGCUUUUGCUAGAACCACUACUGCUAUCGCUACUUCUCCUCCCACUGCUCCCACUAACACCGUGGCUGCUGCUGCUUCUCCUACUGCUCCUAUAACUGCUACUGCUAUCACUACUGCUUCUGUCACUACUGGUACUGGUACCACAGCUGCCGCUGUCGCUGCUAACUGCCUCUGGUACCACUGUGACUGCUACCACUGUGACUGGUACCACUGCUACCACUGCUACCACUGCUACUGGCACCACUGAUACCACUGGUGCCACUGCUACUGCUAUCGCUGCUCCUACUGCUGUGGCUGCUAACACAGCUGCUGAUAUUACUGCCACUACUGCUCCUGUUCUUGAUCUUGCUCCCCAUUCUUGCUCCCGCUCCCAUUCUCGCUCCUGCUCCCGCAGCUCCAGCGUGUGGCUGGAACCCACCGUCCUGAGCAUCCAGAGCGGCUGCAGUCAAGGGAAUGUGUUAGGAGCCCUGGAGGUCGAAGCAGCGGGACUGAGCGUGCACAGCCACAAUUAAAAACCCAAGCCAGCUGGGGAUUUGUAAUGCAAGCAGCCUUGCCAGAUUUCUUUUCCGCUUUGCUCUCAUCCUGCUGUUGGAUUUGAGAUCAUGUCGGUUAAUAUUGUAGCCUUUGGGAAUGAGAGGGAUGGGUUACCCGAGGAUAACCAGCAGCCGAGCCUGAUCCAGAGCUAUCUUGGGAGAAGCGCUCUCAUUUCCCAGAUCAACAGCAGCUUGUCUGCCAGUCAGGUCGGAAACCCCGUGUUCACUGAGUAUCAAGCCUGCGCGUUCGGAAAUGUCAGGCUGGUGGUACAUGACUUCCCUGUCUGGGAUAUAUUUGACAGUGACUGGUACACCUCUCGCAGUCUCAUUGGAGGAGCUGAUAUUGUUGUGAUCAAGUACUCUGUCAAUGACAAGGCUUCAUUUCAAGAGCUAAAGGACACUUAUGUCCCAAUGAUAAAAAAAGCACUGAACCACUGUUCAGUUCCAGUAAUAAUUUCUGCUGUUGGAGCAAGAAAAAACGGAGUGCCUUGUACCUGCCCCCUGUGCACUUCGGACAGGAGGAGCUGUGUCACCACCUCUGAGGGAGUGCAGCUGGCUAAGGAGCUAGGAGCCAUUUACCUCGAAUUGCACGCUCUUAGUGACUUCUACAUACAGAAGUACUUUGGAGGAGUGCUGGAAUAUUUUAUGAUCCAAAGUUUGAAUCAGAAGUCAUCUGAAAAAAUGAAGAAAAAGAAAAAGAUGCGGAAGUGCCAUCGAGUUCAACCACCUCAGCUUGAACAGCCAGAAAAAAUGCCGAUCCUAAAGGGUGAAGCCUCACACUACGACGCAGACCUGCACAACCUGCUCUGCUGCUGCCAGUGUGCAGAUGUGGCAUUUUACCCCGAGGACCUCAGCACAGUGGUGGAGGCUCACAAGAUCAUCCUUUGCUCUGUCAGCCACCUCUUCAUGCUGCUUUUUGAGGUGGAGAGCCCCACCGACAUCCGCGACGCUUCCAUCGUGCAGAUGGCUGAGAGCCUCUUUGCAGUGGAGUCAGGGGAUGCCUUGCCGCCAGUGUCCCACGGCACCUCAGCCUGUAUCCCAAUAGUGAGGGUGGUGGUGAAGGACUCUGCUUUCUGCUUUUGUCUGCCAGACAUCCUCCACUUCAUUUAUUCAGGUGCUUUCCAGUGGGAACGACUGGAAGAGGAUAUUAAAAAGAAGUUGAAGGAUCCAGAAAAAACCGAACAUGUGCUGGAGAAAGUUAAAUGUAUCCUGAAAACUCCAGGGAAGCUAAACAGCACAAAGGACUGCAGGUCCCACCAGAUAAAACGGUUGUAUAACACUUCUCUCAGGCUGUUCUUCAACACACCCAUCUUGGCUGAUGUCAUCUUUAAAAUACAAGGUGCCACUGUACCAGCCCACAGAGCUGUUCUGGUAGCUCGCUGUGAAGUAAUGGCAGCUAUGUUUAAUGGUAACUACUUAGAAGCAAAUAGUAUUCUGGUUCCAGUGUAUGGGGUUUCCAAAGACACCUUCCUCGCCUUUCUAGAGUACCUUUACACUGACUCCUGCUGCCCAGCCAGUAUCCUCCAAGCUAUGUCUCUCUUGAUCUGCGCAGAGAUGUACCAAGUAGUCAGACUCCAGCACAUUUGUGAGCUUUACAUUAUCACGCAGCUUCAGAGCAUGCCUAGCAGGGAACUGGCAUCCACAAGCCUUAGUAUUGUUAGCUUGCUCAAAAAAGCUAAGUUUCACAAUUCUGAUUGUCUUUCAACUUGGCUGCUUCAUUUUAUUGCCACUAACUACCUCAUCUUCAGCCAAAAGCCUGAGUUUCAAGAUCUUUCAGUGGAGGAGCGCAACUUUGUAGAGAUGCACCGAUGGCCUUCCAACCUGUACCUGAAGCAGCUCGCUGACUACAGGAACUACAUCCACUCCCAGAAAUGCCAUUGCGCCAUCAUGUAAGAAGACAGAACACGCGCGCAGUGUAUUGCGACAAGGAAAUCUCAGACUGGGAACCACAUGGAGGAUAAAAAACAUGUCAAGAGCAAACCCAGCUACUGACUUUCCCUGGAACGCUGUAUGCCAUGUUACUGUGCACUUACUGAUGUGCUCCUUACCUUGAUUUCAAACCACGUGACUUUCUCUCUUGAAGCAUUGAGAAAUGAAUUGUGAAGAUUUCCUUCAAGCACAAGGAUUUCACACUCAUGGGGAUUAAACAUAGUACAGGACAGUGUCAUGAGUGACACCUGGUCCUCCUUCUAAUUUCUGUACUAGUAAUUUAUUGGGGUUUUGUGGUUCUUCGUGGCUGCUAAACCAGCAUUUAUUGAAAACAGGUAUUUUUUUGCAGAUCUGUGUAUGACAGGAGCACAGUGGCAGUGCAGGGAAGAUGAGAAGCCGGCUCCUGAAUUCUUUAAAUAGCUCAGAAUGCAGAAAUUUACUGCAGCAUCUGCUUGUUUGAAAAAUAAAAGGUAGAUUUAUUCAGCAUUUCAGUUGCUAUUAAUUUUCUACUUCCAGAUCAAUCUGUAGUUCCUUUUAUGGAGACUCUUACAGUCAUAUGAAUAGAUGUUUUAAUUCCAGGGGAAUGCUGAUGCAUCCCUAUAUUCUUUGGUGCCUCCCAAAAAUCUGAAAAAUGAAGUAAUUUUUUCUCCUGGUAAACAGGAGAAGAAAGUCUGUUUUAACAGUCUGUAGAACACUACUUUUAGCGUGGUCAUGUAAUGUUUUCACUGUGAGGAAAAAGAUCAGGGAGAAAUAAGUUCAUUCCAAGGAUACCUGUGUGGUACUGGUAGGAACUGGGAGUGGAGGAAAGGGAGUCAACAGCCUUUUGUAGGUUUUGUGGAAGGGAUCUCCCUGGCACUGGUGGCUUUUUGGGAAAAGUGGAUCUUGUCAUCCUAGUCCCUUCUGGUAGCUGACAGCACACUCAUUAGAUGUAGUGGCCAGGGAGGGAAGUAACCCUCAUGGGGAUGCCUGUCCUACAAGGAACCUUGACUUCUGUGAUGGGACUUUGGGCUCAGCCCUCCCCAGUGCUUGGUUUAAACUGAGUUGUCACCGUGUGCUCCUCAGCUACACCAUGUGUGACAAACCUCAUGUUGUUUUUCUGUCUGAGUGGAUUUUUUCCCAGACACAACAGAUAAAUUGUGAAUAUUGUGACGGGGAUGACCCUUGCAGACACUGGUGAGAGUUUUCUUGACCCAAGUGAUUCACUUGUUGUGCCACAAGCUUACAUGGAUGUAGCAACGUUAAUUAACCACAAAAUGAACCCAGCCUUGAGUUAAAGAAGAUGGUUGGAGCUAAAACUUUUUUUUUUUCUUUAAGAAUUGGGUUUUUAUUUCAAUGCAGCUUUAUAGUUGAAUUGUUCAUUUCAAAUUCCGUGCUGCUGUCAUAGGGAAUUUUUUUUCUGGUGACAUUUUGCAGAGGUUAAGAGGGUUUUUCCUCCCCUACUUCUGGACACACACACAUACACACAAAAGAGCUUGUGACUCAGCUGUUUGCCAUAGACUCAAAAUUCUGAGGUUAGUUUUGUGUAACAAUUAUAAUUAUCUGUAACUUUUCACUAGCAUCUGCCAAGCUCCCAGGGCAUCGGCAGAGUUGAGGUCAAAGAAGGAAGCUGGUGGUAAAUUGCGGGAGUCUCUUGGAGUGUUUGGGGUCACAGUUUCAGACUCAGGUGUAAGUGACAUUUUGACUCUUGAGUCCUUCUUUAGAUUUAACUCUCAAAAUCCACUUCUAGGAGACAAUAUUUGAAUGACAGAUUGCACCAUAUAAUUCUUGCUUGUCACAAACUAUCACUAAGCUUUAUAGAGACUGAAAAAGACAGCUUUCUGCACUAAAAAUGUUUCCAACAUGAUAGUUAAAAAACCUCUGCUACUGUCCUUUAGGUGUUGGUGUAUUUGAUUUGAUAAAAAGAAAAAACAGUUAGAAGGAAGAAAAGCUAUUUUAUUAGGCAUGUGCUGAAACUCCUGUAUGAUUUCUUUUAAUAUACUCUGGCUAAAUGUACAUGGUUUUAGACUGAACAUGUAAAUUUUUGCUACAGAAUAAAAAACUUUCUCUA